AUGUGGAAGCUAAACCAAACUAAGGAGGUCUCCGAAUUCAUCCUCUUGGGACUCUCUUCUCGGCCUGAGGAUCAGAAACCACUCUUUGCCCUCUUUCUUAUCCUAUACCUGGUCACCCUGCUGGGAAAUAUGCUCAUCAUCUUGGCUAUCCGCUCUGAUCCUCAACUCCAAAACCCUAUGUAUUUCUUCCUAAGCAUUUUGUCCUUUGCUGAUAUUUGCUACACAACCGUUAUAGUUCCCAAGAUGCUGGUGAACUUCUUAUCAGAGAAAAAGACCAUUUCCUAUGCUGGAUGUCUGGCACAGAUGUACUUCUUCCUGGUCUUCGGCAACAUGGACAGUUACCUCCUGGCAGCCAUGGCCAUUGAUCGCUAUGUAGCCAUCUGCAAUCCCUUCCAUUAUGUCACUGUUAUGAACCACAGGCGCUGUGUCCUGCUGCUGGCCUUGUCGGUUGCUUUCUCCUAUCUCCACUCCCUCCUGCAUGUCCUCCUGGUGAAUCAGCUCACCUUCUGUGCAUCAAAUGUUAUCCAUCACUUCUUUUGUGAUGUCAACCCUGUUCUGAAACUGUCCUGCUCUUCUACCUUUGUUAAUGAAGUUGUGGCCAUGACGGAAGGGAUGGCCUCUGUGAUGGCUCCAUUUGUGUGUAUCAUCAUCUCCUACCUGAGAAUCCUUGUUGCUAUUUUCAAGAUUCCCUCUGCUGCUGGAAAACGCAAAGCCUUCUCCACCUGCAGCUCCCAUCUCACUGUGGUGACUCUGUUUUAUGGGAGUAUUAGCUUUGUCUAUUUUCAUCCCUUGUCCAGCUAUACUGUCAAGGACCGAAUAGCAACAAUCAACUACACAGUAUUGACAUCAGUGUUAAACCCGUUCAUCUACAGUUUAAGAAACAAAGACAUGAAAAGGGGCUUAAAGAAAUUGAUAAGCAAGAUUAACUACCAAGUGGAUAGGUUUUGUUUUGCAAAGGCCAAUAAAAUCCAUGUACCCUGA